GGUUGAUGAUGAUGAUGAUGAUCAUGGUAUUUUAUAAUGGACUUGCCACAGUCAAGCUGAAGGCUGUUUUAUCUCACAGAGCAGUUGUGCCUGUGUAGUAAAGCUGCUGAAGAAUGUUCAAGUAUCGGAUCCGGAUGUUUUUCAAUGAACUCAAAGUGUUGUUACUGAUGCGCUCUGGAUCAAGCAGGAGGACUGUCACGGGCACAGACCCGGACACGCAGACCAGGAUGCGAGGGCUCGCCAUAGGUGGCUGUGGUUGGCCGCCGUUGAACUGCACUCACCGGGACGAUGAGGAGGAGUAUUAUGGCUCUGACUCCCGGCCGCGCAGCCUGGCGUUGGAGAAUACAGAAGAAGACAAACCCCAGGGACGAGGCCUGGAUGCCGCUUCACUCCCGAGUCUCUCGGAGAGUGGGAUGCGAUCACCGCAGUGCCGGAUCUGCUUCCAGGGGCCAGAGAAGGGGGAGUUGUUGAGCCCUUGUCGCUGUUCUGGCUCUGUGCGUUGUACUCACCAGUCCUGCCUUAUCCGCUGGAUCAGUGAGAGAGGCUCCUGGAGCUGUGAGAUCUGCUACUUCAAGUACCAGGUCCUGGCCAUCAGCACCAAAAACCCUCUGCAGUGGCAGGCCAUCUCUCUGACUGUGAUCGAGAAGGUGCAGAUUGCAGCUAUUAUCUUGGGCUCUUUGUUCCUCAUCGCCAGUAUCUCCUGGUUGGUGUGGUCCUCUCUCAGCCCUUCAGCCAAAUGGCAGCGGCAGGACCUUCUCUUCCAGAUAUGCUACGGCAUGUACGGCUUCAUGGACAUAGUUUGUAUAGGCCUUAUAAUCCAUGAAGGAUCGUCUGUUUACCGGAUCUUUAAGCGCUGGCAGGCGGUGAACCAGCAGUGGAAAGUGCUGAACUAUGAGAAAGCGAAGGACUUAGGUGACCCCAUCAGUUCCAACAGUAAAGGUCGAGGUGAGAGGAACUCGGACAGCGGACGGAGGGCAAGUCGACAUGUCAGGACUAUUCUCAACCACCACUGUGGCUAUACCAUUUUGCACAUCCUCAGCCAGUUAAGACCCAACAGCCUGCGCAGAGCCAACCAUGAGGUUGUCAUGAGGGUGACAACAGUAUGAGGCUGGGUUAAACAGACAAAAGUGCUCUGAUGUUUAAGGAGGAGGUCAAAGUGUUGAUUGGGAUUGAAUCUAAAGAUCCUAAUCUGCCAUAUAAACACUGCCGUUAACUUCCAGUCUCACAUUACACUCACAGAAUCUUCCUGAGCUCAAAGUGGACACAAGAAGAAUUUCUGAGAUUUGAGCAAAGGGAGAAUGUUGUGGUUUUAUCUUGAAAGAGUAAGACUGGGGAAACAAGACAUACGAGAAAAUCAUUUUGAUUCUUAAGGCUGAUAACCAUUUUUUACCACCAUGACCAAUGUUAUUAAGUGUCGUUGAAAUAUUUUUGUUUUGCUUUCUAAAGAAAAAAUAAAUGUCAUUAAGUUUGAUUUGGAUUUUACUCUAAUAGAGAGUUUGAUGGUAAAAAUGAUUGUGCUCCUGUGACCACUAUAACAAUGGCCCCGACCCCCCAAUUGAUUUAUCAUAUUCAUGAGGGUCCGCCAUGAUCUGAUAGAUUUUUCACUUGAAGCAACAUCCAUGGAUCUGACGUUAAAAAGCCCAAUAAAACUUGAGACACGACACAAUUGAUGAAA